AUGUCAACCCUUUCAAAAUCUAAUCGACGCGUAUCUUAUUUUUAUGAUGGUAACAGGAUAUCGGGAACUACACGUACGGGCAAGACCCCACAACGAGCAACAUUUAGACAAAUGACGCGGUUUCACACUGACGAGUACAUUCAUUUUUUGGAGAGAGUCACACCCUUAAAUGUUGAAGAAUUGUCACAACAGCAAACAAGAUUCAACGUCGGCGAAGACUGUCCAAUUUUUGAGGGACUAUUCGAAUUUUGCUCGAUCUCGGCGGGCGGAUCGAUCGAUGCUGCGAAUAAAUUGACAAGCGGAGAAUCCGAUAUAGCCAUAAAUUGGUCUGGGGGACUUCAUCAUGCCAAAAGGUUUGAGGCAUCUGGAUUUUGCUACGUGAAUGAUAUCGUGUUGGCUAUUCUUGAACUGUUAAGGUAUCAUCAACGCGUUCUCUACGUAGACAUCGAUAUACACCAUGGAGAUGGCGUGGAAGAAGCCUUUUAUUCUACCGAUAGAGUUCUCACCUGUUCGUUUCACAAGUUUGGACAAUUCUUCCCAGGCACUGGAGAUGUUUCGGACAUUGGCAUCGGGAAAGGGAAACAUUAUGCAGUAAAUUUUCCCCUGAAAGAUGGCAUGGACGACGAGAACUAUCGAGACGUAUUUCGACCGGUCGUAAAACAUAUAAUCGAGUGGUAUAGGCCGGGAGCAAUAGUUCUUCAAUGUGGGGCGGAUUCGCUUGCCGGUGAUCGAUUAGGUUGUUUCAACCUUUCGAUGAAAGGUCAUGCUGCUUGCGUAGACUUUGUAAAGGAUUUCAACAUUCCUCUCCUGGUCGUUGGUGGAGGUGGCUACACGAUUCGCAACGUGGCCCGUGCUUGGACAUAUGAAACUGGUUUAUUAUUGGGAGAAGCAUUGAAUGAAGAUCUACCGUAUAACAACUAUCUGGAAUAUUAUGGACCACACUUCAAGUUGGAGGUUCCAGCCAAUAACAUGGAAAAUAUGAACACUUCGUCUUAUUUGAAUGAUAUGAAGGCGAAGGUUUUUGAAAAUUUGCGUUGCAUUCCGUUCGCACCAAGUGUACAGAUGCAUCAGGUACCAUACAACGAUGAUUCAGACGAAUCCGAUAAUGACGACGAUCCGGAUAUAAGAAUCUCACAACGACAACGAAACGCACGCGUCGUACCCGAAAAUGAACUUUCCGAUUCCGACGAUGAAGGCGGAAGACGAAAUGAUAGAAACUAUAAUGUUGCUAAUGGAAACGGAAAGAAUGGAGAGUUUACAACACGUAAAUUUCGAACAACCGGUAAAACGCUGUACAAUGAAACUGAUAGUCGCGGCGGUUCAUCCUCGCGUCCCAGUAAAAUAGCUAGCGGUCAAGGGCGCGGUAAAUCAACAAGAUCCACUCUAAUAACAGACGAUGUGCUUAACACUACGGUGACCAGAAACGUUCCGGCAGACACGCCCUCGAUAAUGGCACCUUCGAGAAGUUCAUCUCGACCACCGGCCGAUAUCAUACAGGAAGAACAAGCGGCAACAGUCCCGCCCGAAAAUCCAACGAAUCAUCCAGAAACUCCUCAGAUUCGUAGUGAAAAUGAUACGGCCAAUGUCGAAAAUGAGACGGAUGCUAUGGACGUGGAUACCAUAGAAGCCGAACAAGUAGUGAAAACCGAAGAAGUUUGA